GACUCCUCCAAGUGUUGUGUGUGUGUUUAUGUAUCUGAUUGUGUAUCUGUAUCUAUUUACAGGAGACUGAACACCCUCAACAAGUGUGCCCUGAUGAGACUGGAGAUCUCCCCACAGAGAAAGAGAAGUGAGGAUUCAGACGAGGAAGAGCCGUGCGCCAUCAGUGGCCUUUGGACCUUCCAGCGGGACAGCAAGCGCUGGUCUCGCCUGGAGGAGCUGGAUGUCUUCUUCCUCCCGGGUGGAAACCAGCUGCCCUUCCCCCAGGUCCAGAGACCCUCGGCCGGUCAGGGGCAGCUCCGCGAGGGCCUGAGCUCCGAGAGCGUGCUGACGGAUCUCAGCGAGCAGCCCGAGGUGGCCUCGCUUCACAGCAGCGGGAGUGUGGGAGAGGGAGGGAUAGUCGAUGGUGCCACAUCUAGCGAUGCCACCCCAGCGGCYGGRGCCACCCGCGCCAACUCGAUGGCCAGCAUGUGCUCCUCCUCGGGCACGGGCGGGUCGUGCGGCGCCAACGAGGACUCGCUGUCUGACGGGCAUCCGCACUCACCAUUGGAGACGACCCAAGGUCYCUUCUCCUUCGACGGCAAGCCCAGUGGAAUUGUGGGAACAGGAGGGAUAGAYGGAGGAGGGAGCGAGACUAGAGGAGGGAAGAGCACGCGCUCACGGGCCAAGAGUUURCUCAAGCGCAUGGAGAGCAUCAGACUGAGGAGCGCCACUUCCAAUAGCAAGAAGAAGAACGGAGGCGGGGGAAGGCCUUCCAAACUGGAGAUCAGCGGGCCGGUCAUCAAAGAAGGACUAGACGACGACAAGCUACGGCGCCUCAACUGUGUUGACAUCUCCAGCCUCACCCUCAACCCGACCCAAACCAUGACCCUGAACCGUAACAGGAGCGUAUCCUACUCCACGCAGACCAGCAGUGGCAGCAUGGGGAGCGCCGGAAGCACAGGCAGUAGCCAAUCGGAAGCAAGCAGCGGGAGCGCCGUUAGCACCCCGAGCCCGGUGACACGAACCCGAAGCCACAGCACCGUGGCGGGGGCCAGUAAGAGAGGUGGGAUGUACCUGGAAGGUUUUGACCCGUUAAGCGUGUUCCUACAGCCGCCUGYAGAACAACAACCCCCAGSUUCCACCCAACCCAAAACCAGACAGAAACCKCCUCAMCAACKGCCUAGUAARCMGACAGUGGCUGAGCAAAACCAAAGCAAGCGAGGUCGCCUCAACGGAGAGAGGGAGGAGGAAGGGGAGGAAGAAGGCGUGAUUUUCUUCUACCUUCCCGAAGGCCACAAACCGGGCACAUUCCCCAAAGCGCUCGGCGACGGCAAACAACCACCGCAAAGUGGAAAUGACGAAAACAGGCCUCUUGCCGCCGCCGGCAGGCGCUACCUCGGUAGUCGAUGCCAAACGCGUCGCGGCUCCACCGGCUCAGCAGACAGCCGCCUGAGUUUCUAUGACAACGUGCCCAACGUGGCCUAUCAAGGCGAGGAAGACGAUGAAGACAAUGAAGAAGGGGAGGGGCCAAAGUUGGAGGAUGUGCUGGAAUGUGUCAACGGCCUGCAGCGAUUCGUCAACGCCUGGACGGACAGGGUGGCAGCCGGAGAAGAGGAUGACGAAGAGGAAGAAGAAGAGGGAGAUUCGGAUUCGGCAUUGGAUUCAGCGUCUCCAUGUCCGUCCUCACCUUUGCAGAACCAGCUGGAGGAGACGGACAACGGGAGCGACCAGGACAGCACGGGCAACCCUCUGGGAGAAGGAGAGAGGGAAGAAGGAGAGAGGGAAGAAGGAGAGAGGGAAGAAGGAGAGGGGGAAGAAGGAGAAGGGGAAGAAGCCAUGAGGGAGAGGAGGGACUCCGGAGUGGGAGCCUCUCUCACCAGAUCUAACAGGCCUCAGAAGCUGCGCUGGCCCAGUUUCCAGGCCUCCCACCGGCCCAGUCACUCCUGGGCCCAGCGGCAGAUGGGCUGCCAGUCGGUACUGCAGAUGAACCUGCUCCAGAAGCUCUGCCUGCUCCAGCUUACAGCCCUCCUGGAGAAACACACCCCCACCAACAAACACGGCUUCAGCUGGGCUGUGCCGAAGUUUAUGAAGCGGAUCAAGGUGCGGGACUACAAAGACCGAAAUGUGUUUGGAGUGCCUCUGCUGCUUAACGUCCAGCGUACGGGUCAGCCCCUGCCCCAGAGCAUUCAACAGGCCAUGCGCUACCUACGCAGCCAAUGUCUAGACCAGGUACAGACGGUCUGUGGUCUCUUCAGGAAGUCGGGGUUAAAUCACGUUAUUCAGGCACUCCGUCAGAUGAACGAAACAUGCGGCGCCGACGGAGGCGGAGAUCAGUUACGAGGGCCAAUGCGGCUUACGACGUGGGCUGACAUGCUGAAGCAGUAUUUCGGGGGACUGCCAGAGCCGCUGCUCACCAGCAAACUGUCUGAGAGCUUCCUGCAGAUCUACCAAUACAUGCCCAAGGAGCUGCGUCUUUCAGGCUACGCGAGCGCCGUGCUGCUGCUGCCGGACGAGAGCCGCGAGGCGCUGCAGACCCUCCUGUGUCUGAGUGACGUCACCGCCGCCGCUGGGGAUGACAGGAAAGCAGCCGCUGGAGUAACGACCAGAAGGGGUGCAACCUACGAGAACUUUGGCCGCCUAGCAUGCGGGCCUGCGCUACACAUGAUCCAGGAGUGCAGGAAGCUCUUCAGUGGUACAUGUCUGAACACCUAG